AUGAAAGUAUAUAUAAAUAACAAAAUUUAUUUUAAAUCAGAUCAUCCCCAAAUAAUUAUUGAAAAUAAUAUUAAUUUAUCAAAUUUUAUAAUAACUUCCUUAAAAGAAAAGGAAAACAAAAUAAUUUUAAAGGAUGGAAAUUUAAAAAGUAUUUAUUCAUAUGAUUUAAUAGAUGCUGUUCAAAAGGUAGCAAAAGGAUUUAAUCUACAAGAGAUAAAUAAAAGGGAUGUAGUAGGAAUAAUAACCCCCAAUAUAUUAGAAUAUACAUAUUGUGUUUUGGGUGUAAUUUUAGGUGGAGGUAUUGUUUCUCAAAUCAAUCCCAAUAGUACGGUAAGUGAAAUAAAAAAUACACUAUCGACAGUAGAACCAAAGUUUAUUAUUAUAAACUAUUCAAACUAUAUUAGAAUUAAAGAAAAUAUCAAAGAUCUAUUUCCUAAGUGUCGUGCACUUAUUUUAAUUUACGAUUGUGACAAUGAUCAAAAUAUUAAACUUUCUACAGAAUCUUCUUUUAAUAUAAUACAUAUUAAUAGCUUUAUGGACAAUGAUGGUAUAUAUAAUGAAAGUUUAGCAGGAGUGGAAUCAGACAAUGAUAUAGCAGCCAUUUUAUUUUCGGGUGGUACAACAGGAAAUUACAAAGGUGUUUGUCUAACUCAUUCAAAUUGCGUAGCAAGUAUUAAACAAGUGAUAGUAUCUGAGUAUUCAAAACACACAGAGCCUCAAAAAAUCAUUAGUUGCAUACCAAUGUAUCAUAUGUUUGGGUUUAUAACUAUAUUUUUAUGCUGCAUUGCAUAUGGAUGUUGUUUAUAUUUUUUUAACAAUUAUAAUUUAAAAAAAUUAUUAACUUUAAUUGAAAAAGAAAAAAUUACAUUUGCUUUUAUAAUCCCCACAAUAGGUAUUGAUUUAGCAAAAUCCUUAUUAGUUGAAAAGCAUGAUUGCUCUUCGCUUAAAUCAAUCAUUUCUGGAGGGGCUCCAUUUCCAGAGACUAUUGUAAAAGAUCUUCAAAUGAGAAUUGGGGUAUCCAUCAACAAAGAUAAUAAACCCAUUAAAAACCUUAAAGUAAGACAGGUUUACGGAUUAACAGAAUCAUCUGCGGUUGCCUUAACAAAUCCAUUUAAAUAUGAAACUUCAUCAUCUGGUAAUUUAGUAUCAAAUAUGAUUUCUAAAGUUAUUGAUUUUGACAGCGGUGUUAACCUAGAUGUAAAUAAAAUAGGUCAUAUAUGCUUAAAAGGUCCAAAUAUUAUGAAGGAGUAUUAUAAUAAUAAAAACGCAACAAAUAGUACUUUCGAUGAUGAAGGAUUUCUAUUGACUGGGGAUAUAGGUUAUUUCGAUGAAAAUGGUGAAUUAUAUAUCGUCGAUAGAAUAAAAGAUUUAAUUAAAAGCUAUGGCUAUCAGGUAACACCUGCCGAGAUAGAGUCUAUUUUAUUAAGUCACCCUAAAGUCCAAGAAGCAUGUGUAAUUGGAGUACCAUCAGUUGAAAAUGGGGAAGCACCAAAAGCCUUUAUUGUUUUAAAACCAAACGAAAAAGCAACUAAAAAUGAAAUUUAUAAAUGGUUAAACCCAAAGAUUUCACAUUAUAAGUCGUUAAAUGGUGGUAUUGUUUUUAUUGAUAGUCUACCUAAAUCCCCUGCUGGGAAAAUAUUAAGAAGAAACUUAAAACUCCUAUCUAAAAUGUGA